AUGCCUUGGUUUAGUGCUCCCCAAUGCUUGGGCAGGCGGGCUAACAAGCGUUCUCAUGAAAAUGCUUUUGCCUCAAGGCCGCUACACCCGCCGCCUGCAACGUCUGUCAAAUCGACAGUGUUAUCCAGACUAUGGACCCUGUUUUUCCCGACAAAGGAUCCAGAUAUUACUUCCCUUUCUCCUCGCGAAGAGGAGCUGACGACUAGCCAGCAUACUCUUGUCCAGGAAAGCAACGUGAAGCCCGAAAUCACUAUAACACAACUACAGCGUGACCUACCCUUCACACCCCCAAGUCCACUGCCUAGCCAGCGUACUCUCACUCAGAAAAGCGACGUGAAGCCUUCCACAACACACUUGGCAUAUGAGCCACACCCGGGCAAACUAUGGCAUGACCUACCCUUCACACCCCCAAGUCCACCGCCCAGCCAGCGGAUUUUUGCUCAGGAAAGCAACGCGAAGCCUUCCUCCGAAAUAACCACCAAACACCUGCCACACCCAGCCAAAGGCUUGAAUUCACGAACGCGCAACUCUCCUGACUUGCCUCAAUUUGGAAAUGCUAUUGAAAGUCAACCCUGGGUUACAUACAACACAGAGUCAGGUGACAUUGAAGUGGAACAUGACGGUUCUGUUCACAAGAUACCCUUUCAACUUUGCGUGAUUACGCACACUGGGUGCCUACCGCAGUAUGAGACCGACAAUAUCAAGGUCCGUCUUCUCACCCCGGGUUUUGUUGUCGCAAAGUGUACAGCGCGGGUUCCGUAUGUGGUUGCUCAAUCGCGAUUGCCUGGACUACCCAAACUGCCCCAAUGGACCGAAGCGUCGGAACGAGACUCGAAUUUGUACUGGUUCAACCGUUAUGUCUGA